UGCCACCAGCUCGGGCUCUGGGGUUUGAUUUUCCGCGGACUCCAUGGACAGAGAUGAAGAGACAAAAACACCUGGAGGGAGGCAGGAGGUCAACAAAGACAACAACAGGACAAUGAGGUAAACAAAGCGCACCAAACCAACACUUGGAGAUGGAGACGCACCAAUCCUGACUGAUUUCACUGGACCAAAGAUCACCCAACAAACUAAUGAUGAAGAUCCAGCAGUGCCUCUGCCUUCUCUCUAUAGUUUUUACAACCUCCUGUUCAGGUUCAGCAAUAGGUUUUAAUGAUGAUCCAGGCCUUCAGGAAAGCGACUAUAACCUGAACUGGAUGGAGUCGAUACCUGAUGACACUCCACUCUCAGCUAUUUCCAUUCCUGGAACACAUGAAAGCUUAACACUGUAUGGGGGACCACUUAUACGAUGUCAAGCUUGGACUUUGGACAAACAAUUAAAAGUGGGGCUGCGAUAUUUUGAUGUGCAUGCUGGGAACUGGUUUGUUGGCCAAAAAAGUGUUGAUAUUGUAUCAGAUAGUCGUUGGAUGUUUCGGCAAUAUAUUACAUUUGAGGAAGUCCUUGAGAUAAUUUUGGACUUCUUAAAAGUCCAUGAUAGUGAGACAGUCCUUUUAAGAGUGAAACUGCAUGGCCUGUACCAGAAGAAAAUUGCAAAAAUGAUAAUAAAGUUAAUUACAAAUAUCAAGAAAAGGGUGUGGACUGAAUUCUCAGUACCAAAACUGAAAAAGGUGAGGGGGAAAAUUGUAUUUAUUCAGAGUGAUGCUUUCAAUUAUGGAACCCUUAACCAUGACACAUUUUUCCCAGAUGAUGACAGAUUCAGGAACAUUGAAAAAAAGAUUAAAAAAGUAAAAAAAUAUCUUAAAGUGGCUGAGGAAAACUGUGCCCAUCAUAUUGUACUGACCGACACUACAGCAACAUCAUUUUUAAAUAAUCCUAAAAAGGUUGCUCUAGGAGUAAACAAACAGCUCAAUGACCUUGUGGUGGAACACAAGCAAAAUUCUGUGAUACCAGGCUGUUUAGGUGUAAUAACUAUGAACUUCCCCAGUUCUGAUCUUAUUAAGAAAAUAAUACAAAUCAAGCCAUGCAUUUGUAGUAACAACACAGUGGCCAGUCCCAAAACAACAUUGGACUCGACCCCUGAGGCACCCAGCACCCCUUAUCAAACAUCUGACCAAGGGCCAGAGACAACAGCUGAGACAAUGGUAGGUCCUCAACCGACGUCAGAUUCGACCCCUGAAGAUGCGACCAUCCCUAAUCCAACAUCUGACCAAGGGCCAGAAAUGACAACUGAGGCAGUGGGCAGUCCCAAAACAACAUUGGACUUGACCCCUGAGGCACCAAGCACCCCUUAUCAAACAUCCAACCAAGGGCAAGAGACAACAGCUGAGACAAUGGUAGGUCCUCAACCGACGUCACAUUCGAAACCUGAAGAUGCCACCACCCCUAAUCCAACAUCUAACCAAGGGCCAGAAAUGACAACUGAGGCAGUGGGCAGUCCCCAGCCAGUGUCGGACUUGACCCCUGAGGCACCUAGCACCUCUAAUCCAACAACUGAACAUGGGCCAGAGACAACAGCUGAGACAAUGGUAGGUCCUCAACCAACGUCAGAUUCGACCCCUGAAGAUGCGACCACCCCUAAUCCAACAUCUGACCAAGGGCCAGAAAUGACAACUGAAGCAGUGGGCAGUCCCAAAACAACAUUGGACUUGACCCCUGAGGCACCAAGCACCCCUUAUCAAACAUCCAACCAAGAGCAAGAGACAACAGCUGAGACAAUGGAAGGUCCUCAACCGACGUCAGAUUCGAACCCUGAAGAUGCCACCACCCCUAAUCCAACAUCUGACCAAGGGCCAGAAAUGACAACUGAGGCAGUGGGCAGUCCCCAGUCAGUGUCGGACUUGACCCCUGAGGCACCUAGCACCUCUAAUCCAACAACUGAACAAGGGCCAGAGACAACAGCUGAGACAAUGGUAGGUCCUCAACCAACGUCAGAUUCGACCCCUGAAGAUGCGACCACCCCUAAUCCAACAUCUGACCAAGGGCCAGAAAUUACAACUGAAGCAGUGGCCAGUCCCAAAACAACAUUGGACUUGACCCCUGAGGCACCAAGCACCCCUUAUCAAACAUCCAACCAAGGGCAAGAGACAACAGCUGAGACAAUGGUAGGUACUCAACCGACGUCAGAUUCGAACCCUGAAGAUGCCACCACCCCUAAUCCAACAUCUGACCAAGGGCCAGAAAUGACAACUGAGGCAGUGGGCAGUCCCCAGCCAGUGUCGGACUCGACCCCUGAGGCACCUAGCACCUCUAAUCCAACAACUGAACAAGGGCAAGAGAUGACAACUGAGGCUGUGGCCAGUCCCAAAACAACAUUGGACUCAACCCCUGAGACACCCAGCACCCCUUAUCAAACAUCCGACCAAGGGCCAGAGACAACAGCUGAGACAAUGGUAGGUCCUCAACCAACGUCAGAUUCGACCCCUGAAGAUGCGACCACCCCUAAUCCAACAUCUGACCAAGGGCCAGAAAUGACAACUGAAGCAGUGGGCAGUCCCAAAACAACAUUGGACUUGACCCCUGAGGCACCAAGCACCCCUUAUCAAACAUCCAACCAAGAGCAAGAGACAACAGCUGAGACAAUGGAAGGUCCUCAACCGACGUCAGAUUCGAACCCUGAAGAUGCCACCACCCCUAAUCCAACAUCUGAACAAGGGCCAGAAAUGACAACUGAGGCAGUGGGCAGUCCCCAGCCAGUGUCGGAUUUGACCCCUGCGGCACCUAGCACCUCUAAUCCAACAACUGAACAAGGGCCAGAGAUGACAACUGAGGCAGUGGGCAGUCCCCAGCCAGUGUCGGACUCAACCCCUGAGGCACCUAGCACCUCUAAUCCAACAACUGAACAUGGGCCAGAGACAACAGCUGAGACAAUGGUAGAUGCUCAACCAACGUCAGAUUCGACCCCUGAAGAUGCCACCACCCCUAAUCCAACAUCUGACCAAGGGCCAGAAAUGACAACUGAGGCAGUGGGCAGUCCCCAGCCAGUGUCGGACUCGACCCCUGAGGCACCUAGCACCUCUAAUCCAACAACUGAACAAGGGCCAGAGACAACAGCUGAGACAAUGGUAGGUCCUCAACCAACGUCAGAUUCGACCCCUGAAGAUGCGACCACCCCUAAUCCAACAUCUGACCAAGUGCCAGAAAUGACAACUGAAGCAGUGGGCAGUCCCAAAACAACAUUGGACUUGACCCCUGAAGCACCAAGCACCCCUUAUCAAACAUCCAACCAAGGGCAAGAGACAACAGCUGAGACAAUGGUAGGUCCUCAACCAACGUCAGAUUCGAACCUUGAAGAUGCCACCACCCCUAAUCCAACAUCUGACCAAGGGCCAGAAAUGACAACUGAGGCAGUGGGCAGUCCCCAGCCAGUGUCGGACUCGACCCCUGAGGCACCUAGCACCUCUAAUCCAACAACUGAACAAGGGCCAGAGAUGACAACUGAAGCAGUGGCCAGUCCCAAAACAACAUUGGACUCAACCCCUGAGGCACCCAGCACCCCUUAUCAAACAUCCGACCAAGGGCCAGAGACAACAGCUGAGACAAUGGUAAGUCCUCAACCGACGUCACAUUCGAACCCUGAAGAUGCCACCACCCCUAAUCAAACAUCUAACCAAGGGCCAGAAAUGAAAACUGAGGCAGUGGGCAGUCCCCAGCCAGUGUCGGACUCGACCGCUGAGGCACCUAGCACCCCUUAUCAAACAUCCGACCAAGGGCCAGAGACAACAGCUGCGACAAUGGUAGGUCCUCAACCAACGUCAGAUUUGACCCCUGAAGAUGCGACCACCCCUAAUCCAACAUCCGACCAAGGACCAGUUCUGACAACUGAAGCAGUGGGAAGUCCCCAGCCAGUGUCAGACUCAACCCUUGAGGCACCUAGCACCCCUAAUCCAACAACUGAACAAGGGCCAGAGAUGACAAAUGAAGCAGUGGCCAGUCCCAAAACAACAUUGGACUCGACCCCUGAGGCACCCAGCACCCCUUAUCAAACAUCCAACCAAGGGCCAGAGACAACAGCUGAGACACUGGUAGGUCCUCAACCAACGUCAGAUUCGACCCCUGAAGAUGCGACCACCCCUAAUCCAACAUCCGACCAAGGGCCAGUUCUGACAACUGAGGCAGUGGGCAGUCCCCAUCCAGUGUCAGAUUCAACCUCUGAGGCACCUAGCACCCGUAAUCCAACAACUGAACAAGGGCCAGAAAUGACAACUGAAGCAGUGGGCAGUCCCAAAACAACAUUGGACUUGACCCCUGAGGCACCAAGCACCCCUUAUCAAACAUCCAACCAAGGGCAAGAGACAACAGCUGAGACAAUGGUAAGUCCUCAACCGACGUCACAUUCAAACCCUGAAGAUGCCACCACCCCUAAUCCAACAUCUAACCAAGGCCCAGAAAUGACAACUGAGGCAGUGGGCAGUCCCCAGCCACUGUCGGACUCGACCCCUGAGGCACCUAGCACCUCUAAUCCAACAACUGAACAAGGGCCAGAGACAACAGCUGAAACAAUGGUAGGUCCUCAACCAACGUCAGAUUCGACCCCUGAAGAUGCGACCACCCCUAGUCCAACAUCUGACCAAGGGCCAGAAAUUACAACUGAAGCAGUGGCCAGUCCCAAAACAACAUUGGACUUGACCCCUGAGGCACCAAGCACCCCUUAUCAAACAUCCAACCAAGGGCAAGAGACAACAGCUGAGACAAUGGUAGGUACUCAACCGACGUCAGAUUCAAAUCCUGAAGAUGCCAUCACCCCUAAUCCAACAUCUGACCAAGUGCCAGAAAUUACAACUGAGGCAGUGGGCAGUCACCAGCCAGUGUCGGACUCGACCCCUGAGGCACCUAGCACCCCUAAUCCCACAACUGAACAAGGGCCAGAGAUGACAACUGAAGCAGUGGCCAGUCCCAAAACAACAUUGGACUCGACCCCUGAGGCACCCAGCACCCCUUAUCAAACAUCCGACCAAGGGCCAGAGUCAACAGUUGAGACAAUGGUAGGUCCUCAACCAACGUCAGAUUCGACCCCUGAAGGUGUGACCACCCCUAAUCCAACAUCCGACCAAGGCCCAGUUCUGACAACUGAGGCAGUGGGCAGUUCCGAGCCAGUGUCGGACUCGACACCUGCGGCACCUAGCACCCCUAAUCCAACAAUUGAACAAGGGCCAGAGAUGACAACUGAAGCAGUGGCCAGUCCCAAAACAACAUCGGACUCGACCCCUGAGGCACCCAGCACCCCUUAUCAAACGUCUGACCAAGGGCCAGAGACAACAGCUGAGACAAUGGUAGGUCCUCAACCAAUGUCAGAUGCAACUGAAGCAGUGGCCAGUCCCAAAACAACAUUGGACUUGACCCCUGAGGCACCAAGCACUCCUUAUCAAACAUCCAACCAAGGGCAAGAGACAACAGCUGAGACAAUGGUAGGUACUCAACCGACGUCAGAUUCAAAUCCUGAAGAUGCCAUCACCCCUAAUCCAACAUCUGACCAAGUGCCAGAAAUUACAACUGAGGCAGUGGGCAGUCACCAGCCAGUGUCGGACUCGACCCCUGAGGCACCUAGCACCCCUAAUCCCACAACUGAACAAGGGCCAGAGAUGACAACUGAAGCAGUGGCCAGUCCCAAAACAACAUUGGACUCGACCCCUGAGGCACCCAGCACCCCUUAUCAAACAUCCGACCAAGGGCCAGAGUCAACAGUUGAGACAAUGGUAGGUCCUCAACCAACGUCAGAUUCGACCCCUGAAGGUGUGACCACCCCUAAUCCAACAUCCGACCAAGGCCCAGUUCUGACAACUGAGGCAGUGGGCAGUUCCGAGCCAGUGUCGGACUCGACACCUGCGGCACCUAGCACCCCUAAUCCAACAAUUGAACAAGGGCCAGAGAUGACAACUGAAGCAGUGGCCAGUCCCAAAACAACAUCGGACUCGACCCCUGAGGCACCCAGCACCCCUUAUCAAACGUCUGACCAAGGGCCAGAGACAACAGCUGAGACAAUGGUAGGUCCUCAACCAAUGUCAGAUGCAACUGAAGCAGUGGCCAGUCCCAAAACAACAUUGGACUUGACCCCUGAGGCACCAAGCACUCCUUAUCAAACAUCCAACCAAGGGCAAGAGACAACAGCUGAGACAAUGGUAGGUACUCAACCGACGUCAGAUUCGAACCCUGAAGAUGCCACCACCCCUAAUCCAACAUCUGACCACGGGCCAGAAAAGACAACGGGGAAGUUUGCCAGUCCCCAGCCAGUGUCGGACUCGACCCCUGAGGCACUUAGCACCUCCAAUCCAACAACUGAACAAGGGCCAGAGAUGACAACUGAAGCAGUGGGACGUCCCAAAACAACAUUGGACUUGACCCCUGAGGCACCAAGCACCCCUUAUCAAACAUCCGACCAAGGGCAAGAGACAACAGCUGAAACAAUGGUAGGUCCCCAACCAACAUCAGAUUCGACCCAUGAAGAUGCCACCAUCCCUAAUCCAACAUCCGACCAAGGCCCAGUUCUGACAACUGAGGCAGUGGGCAGUCCCCAGCCAGUGUCAGACUCAACCCGUGAGGCACCUAGCACCCCUAAUCCAACAACUGAACAAGGGCCAGAGAUAACAACUGAGGCAGUGGCCAGUCCCAAAACAACAUUGGACUUGACCCCUGAAGCACCAAGUACCCCUUAUCAAACAUCCAAACAAGGGCAAGAGAAAACAGCUGAGACAAUGGUAGGUCCUCAACCGACGUCAGAUUCGACCCCUGAAGAUGCCACCACCUCUAAUCCAACAUCCGACCAAGGACCAGUUCUGACAACUGAGGCAGUGGGCAAUCCCCAGCCACUGUCAGACUCAACUCUUGAGGCACCUAGCACCCCUAAUCCAACAUCUGAACAAGGGCCAGAGAUGACAACUGAAGCAGUGGCCAGUCCCAAAACAACAUUGGACUCGACCCCUGAGGCACCCAGCACCCCUUAUCAAACAUCCAACCAAGGGCCAGAGACAACAGCUGAGACAAUGGUAGGUCCCCAACCAACAUCAGAUUCGACUUCUGAAGAAGCAACCACCCCUAAUCCAACAUCCGACCAAGGACCAGUUCUGACAACUGAGGCAGUGGACAGUCCCCAGCCAGUGUCGGACUCAACCCCUAAGGCACCUAGCACCCCUAUUCCAACAACUGAACAAGGGUCAGAGAUGACAACUGAGGCAGUGGCCAGUCCCAAAACAACAUUGGACUUGACCCCUGAGGCACCAAGUACCCCUUAUCAAACAUCCAAUCAAGGGCAAGAGACAACAGCUGAGACAAUGGUAGGUCCUCAACCGACGUCAGAUUCGAACCCUGAAGAUGCCACCACCCCUAAUCCAACAUCUGACCAAAGGCCAGUUCCAACAACUGAGGCACCCAGCACCCCUUAUCAAACAUCCAACCAAGGACCAGAGACAACAGCUGAGACAAUGGUAGGUCCUCAACCAACGUCAGAUUUGACCCCUGAAGAUGUGACCACCCCUAAUCCAACAUCCAACCAAGGGCCAGAAAUGACAACUGAAGCAGUGGGCAGUCCCAAAACAACACUGGACUUGACCCCUGAGGCACCAAGCACCCCUUAUCAAACAUCUAACCAAGGGCAAGAGACAAUAGCUGAGACAAUGGUAGGUCCUCAACCGACGUCAGAUUCGAACCCUGAAGAUGCCACCACUCCUAAUCCAACAUCUGACCAAGGACCAGUUCUGACAACUGAGGCAGUGGGCAGUCCCCAGCCAGUGUCAGACUCAACCCGUGAGGCACCUAGCACCCCUAAUCCAACAUCUGAACAAGGACCAGUUCUAACAACUGAGGCAGUGGGCAGUCCCCAGCCAGUGUCAGACUUGACCUCUGAGGCACCUAGCACCCCUAAUCCAACAACUGAAAACGGGCCAGAGAUUAAAACUGAAGCAGUGGCCAGUCCCAAAACAACAUUGGACUCAACCCCUGCGGCACCCAGCACCCCUUAUCAAACAUCCGACCAAGGGCCAGAGACAACAGCUGAGACAAUGGUAGGUCCUCAACCAACGUCAGAUUUGACCCAUGAAGAUGCGACCACCCCUAAUCCAACAUCUGACAAAGGGCCAGAAAUGACAACUGAGGCAGUGGGCAGUCCCAAAACAACAUUGGACUUGACUCCUGAGGCACCAAACACCCCUUAUCAAACAUCCAACCAAGGGCAAGAGACAACAGCUGAGACAAUGGUAGGACCCCAACCAACAUCAGAUUCGACUUCUGAAGAAGCCACCACCCCUAAUCCAACAUCUGACCAAGGGUCAGUUCCAACAACUGAGGCAUUGGGUCCCCAGCCAGUGUCAGACGCAACCCUUGAGGCACAUAGCACCCCUAAUCCAACAUCUGAACAAGGACCAGUUCUAACAACUGAGGCAGUGGGCAGUCUCCAGCCAGUGUCAGACUUGACCCCUGAGGCACCUAGCACCCCUAAUCCAACAACUGAACAAGGGCCAGAGAUGACAACUGAAGCAGUGGCCAGUCCCAAAACAACAUUGGACUCGACCCCUGAGGCACCCAGCACCCCUUAUCAAACAUCCGACCAAGGGCCAGAGACAACAGCUGAGACAAUGGUAGGCCCUCAACCAACGUCAGAUUCGACCCCUGAAGAUGCGACCACCCCUAAUCCAACAUCCGACCAAGGGCCAGAAAUGACAACUGAAGCAGUGGGCAGUCCCAAAACAACACUGGACUUGACCCCUGAGGCACCAAGCACCCCUUAUCAAACAUCUAACCAAGGGCAAGAGACAACAGCUGAGACAAUGGUAGGUCCUCAACCGACGUCAGAUUCGAACCAUGAAGAUGCCACCACUCCUAAUCCAACAUCCGACCAAGGACCAGUUCUGACAACUGAGGCAGUGGGCAGUCCCCAGCCAGUGUCAGACUCAACUCGUGAGGCACCUAGCACCCCUAAUCCAACAUUUGAACAAGGACCAGUUCUAACAACUGAGGCAGUGGGCAGUCUCCAGCCAGUGUCAGACUUGACCCCUGAGGCACUUAGCACCCCUAAUCCAACAACUGAACAAGGGCCAGAGAUGACAACUGAAGCAGUGGCCAGUCCCAAAACAACAUUGGACUCGACCCCUGAGGCACCCAGCACCCCUUAUCAAACAUCCAACCAAGGGCCAGAGACAACAGCUGAGACAAUGGUAGGCCCUCAACCAACGUCAGAUUCGACCCCUGAAGAUGCGACCACCCCUAAUCCAACAUCCGACCAAGGGCCAGAAAUGACAACUGAGGCAGUGGGCAGUUCCAAAACAACACUGGACUUGACCCCUGAGGCACCAAGCACUCCUUAUCAAACAUCUAACCAAGGGCAAGAGACAACAGCUGAGACAAUGGUAGGUCCUCAACCGACGUCAGAUUCGAACCAUGAAGAUGCCACCACUCCUAAUCCAACAUCCGACCAAGGACCAGUUCUGACAACUGAGGCAGUGGGCAGUCCCCAGCCAGUGUCAGACUCAACUCGUGAGGCACCUAGCACCCCUAAUCCAACAUCUGAACAAGGACCAGUUCUAACAACUGAGGCAGUGGGCAGUCCCCAGCCAGUGUCAGACUUGACCUCUGAGGCACCUAGCACCCCUAAUCCAACAACUGAAAACGGGCCAGAGGUUAAAACUGAAGCAGUGGCCAGUCCCAAAACAACAUUGGACUCGACCCCUGUGGCACCCAGCACCCCUUAUCAAACAUCCGACCAAGGGCCAGAGACAACAGCUGAGACAAUGGUAGGUCCUCAACCAACGUCAGAUUCGACCCAUGAAGAUGCGACCACCCCUAAUCCAACAUCUGACAAAGCGCCAGAAAUGACAACUGAGGCAGUGCGCAGUCCCAAAACAACAUUGGACUUGACCCCUGAGGCACCAAGCACCCCUUAUCCAACAUCUGAACAAGGACCAGUUCUAACAACUGAAGCAGUGGGCAGUCCCCAGCCAGUGUCAGAUUUGACCCCUGAGGCACCUAGCACCCCUAAUCCAACAACUGAACAAGGGCCAGAGAUGACAACUGAGGCAGUGGCCAGUCCCAAAACAACAUUGAACUUGACCCCUGAGGCACCAAGUACCCCUUAUCAAACAUCCAACCAAGGGCAAGAGACAACAGCUGAGACAAUGGUAGGUCCUCAACCGACGUCAGAUUCGAACCCUGAAGAUACCACCACCCCUAAUCCAACAUCUGACCAAGGGCCAGAAAUGACAACUGAGGCAGUGGGAAGUGCCCGACCAGUGUCAGACUCAGCCAUUGAGACACCAAGCAUCCCCAAUCCAACGUCUGACCAAGGACCAGUUCAAACAACUGAGGUAAUGGGCAGUCCCCGACCAGUGUCGGACUCAGCCAUUGAGACACCGAGCACCCUUAAUCCAACAACUGAAUAUGUUCCAAAGUUGACAAGUGAAGCAGCAGACAGUCAAUCACCAGAAUCUGACUUGACCCCUGAGGCGCUAGGCACCUCGAAUCCAACAUCCAACCAAAGACCAGUUUUGACAAACGAGGCAGUGGGCAGUUCUCAACCACCAUCAAUCUCAACCCUUGAGAGAACAAGCACAACUAAUCCAGUGUCCCACCAAGGACAGGAGCCAACUACCAAGGAAGUGGUCAGUCCCCAACCAGCACUGGCGUCGACUGCUGAGGCACACAGCACCCACAUAUUGACAUCCAACCGAGGACCAGAGCUAACAACUGAAGUUGGCAGUCAUAAUCCAGUUUCAGACUUGACCAGUGAGACACCCAGCAACACUGAACCAACGUCACAGCAAGGGCCGGAACCGACAACCAAGGCAGACGGCAGUCCCCAUCCAGCGUCAGCCUUGACCAGCGAGGCACCCAGCAACACUGAUCCAACGUCACAGCAAGGGCCGGAACCGACAACCAAGGCAGACGGCAGUCCCCAUCCAGCGUCAGCCUCGACCAGCGAGGCACCCAGCAACACUGAUCCAACGUCACAGCAAGGGCCGGAACCGACAACCAAGGCAGACGGCAGUCCCCAUCCAGCGUCAGCCUCGACCAGCGAGGCACCCAGCAACACUGAUCCAACGUCACAGCAAGGGCCGGAACCGACAACCAAGGCAGACGGCAGUCCCCAUCCAGCGUCAGCCUCGACCAGCGAGGCACCCAGCAACACUGAUCCAACGUCACAGCAAGGGCCGGAACCGACAACCAAGGCAGACGGCAGUCCCCAUCCAGCGUCAGCCUCGACCAGCGAGGCACCCAGCAACACUGAUCCAACGUCACAGCAAGGGCCGGAACCGACAACCAAGGCAGACGGCAGUCCCCAUCCAGCGUCAGCCUCGACCAGCGAGGCACCCAGCAACACUGAUCCAACGUCACAGCAAGGGCCGGAACCGACAACCAAGGCAGACGGCAGUCCCCAUCCAGCGUCAGCCUCGACCAGCGAGGCACCCAGCAACACUGAUCCAACGUCACAGCAAGGGCCGGAACCGACAACCAAGGCAGACGGCAGUCCCCAUCCAGCGUCAGCCUCGACCAGCGAGGCACCCAGCAACACUGAUCCAACGUCACAGCAAGGGCCGGAACCGACAACCAAGGCAGACGGCAGUCCCCAUCCAGCGUCAGCCUCGACCAGCGAGGCACCCAGCAACACUGAUCCAACGUCACAGCAAGGGCCGGAACCGACAACCAAGGCAGACGGCAGUCCCCAUCCAGCGUCAGCCUCGACCAGCGAGGCACCCAGCAACACUGAUCCAACGUCACAGCAAGGGCCGGAACCGACAACCAAGGCAGACGGCAGUCCCCAUCCAGCGUCAGCCUCGACCAGCGAGGCACCCAGCAACACUGAUCCAACGUCACAGCAAGGGCCGGAACCGACAACCAAGGCAGACGGCAGUCCCCAUCCAGCGUCAGCCUCGACCAGCGAGGCACCCAGCAACACUGAUCCAACGUCACAGCAAGGGCCGGAACCGACAACCAAGGCAGACGGCAGUCCCCAUCCAGCGUCAGCCUCGACCAGCGAGGCACCCAGCAACACUGAUCCAACGUCACAGCAAGGGCCGGAACCGACAACCAAGGCAGACGGCAGUCCCCAUCCAGCGUCAGCCUCGACCAGCGAGGCACCCAGCAACACUGAUCCAACGUCACAGCAAGGGCCGGAACCGACAACCAAGGCAGACGGCAGUCCCCAUCCAGCGUCAGCCUCGACCAGCGAGGCACCCAGCAACACUGAUCCAACGUCACAGCAAGGGCCGGAACCGACAACCAAGGCAGACGGCAGUCCCCAUCCAGCGUCAGCCUCGACCAGCGAGGCACCCAGCAACACUGAUCCAACGUCACAGCAAGGGCCGGAACCGACAACCAAGGCAGACGGCAGUCCCCAUCCAGCGUCAGCCUCGACCAGCGAGGCACCCAGCAACACUGAUCCAACGUCACAGCAAGGGCCGGAACCGACAACCAAGGCAGACGGCAGUCCCCAUCCAGCGUCAGCCUCGACCAGCGAGGCACCCAGCAACACUGAUCCAACGUCACAGCAAGGGCCGGAACCGACAACCAAGGCAGACGGCAGUCCCCAUCCAGCGUCAGCCUCGACCAGCGAGGCACCCAGCAACACUGAUCCAACGUCACAGCAAGGGCCGGAACCGACAACCAAGGCAGACGGCAGUCCCCAUCCAGCGUCAGCCUCGACCAGCGAGGCACCCAGCAACACUGAUCCAACGUCACAGCAAGGGCCGGAACCGACAACCAAGGCAGACGGCAGUCCCCAUCCAGCGUCAGCCUCGACCAGCGAGGCACCCAGCAACACUGAUCCAACGUCACAGCAAGGGCCGGAACCGACAACCAAGGCAGACGGCAGUCCCCAUCCAGCGUCAGCCUCGACCAGCGAGGCACCCAGCAACACUGAUCCAACGUCACAGCAAGGGCCGGAACCGACAACCAAGGCAGACGGCAGUCCCCAUCCAGCGUCAGCCUCGACCAGCGAGGCACCCAGCAACACUGAUCCAACGUCAAACAAAGGACCAGAACCAACAACCAAGGUAGAUGGCAAUCCCCAUCCAGCGUCAGUCUCAACCACUGAGGCACACCGUACCCCAAUUCCAACAUCCCACCGAAGGCCUUUUCACACAACUAAUACAGCACAUACUCCCCAUCUAGCCUCUGAUCAACCAAAACUCAUUACUGAACCGCACCCUAAACCUUCAUUCAUACAUCCCCACCCCUUGCCUGCACCAGGGCCGAAGUUACCAUAUCGGGGAAAGAUUAAUUGCCAUGCACGGAAAACAUUUAAGUGAUAACCCCAAAAAGAUAAUGCUAUGUGUUUAGAUAGUACUAGAGAGGGAAUUUAUAAAAUAAAUUGCUCAACAUCUUUUCAAGACACAAGAAUUAUUAACAUUUUACACUAACUCAUUCAUUAUAAAUAAAUAAUGCCAUUAAAAAAUAAUUACUUUCAGUUGCAAUGUAAUCCAAUAAUUGUUCCCAGUGAAACUAUUAUCAACAAUGUGGCAGUUUUUGUCUCAUGUUUGACCAAAGAAAAACUCAGACAACAGCCCUCAUGCUUGCCUACAUGACCCACCCUCAUAUGUAGAUCACUACUUUAUUCUGCUAUACAUCCAGACCUACAUUUUAUCUGCAUAAAAUUCACCACUUUACAGUGGCAAAGGUACAUUUUUUAUCAUGAGUAAAUCCUGAACCCUUAACCCGAACAAGGGUAGCAACACUUUAAAUCACUGGACCUCACAAGAGCAAUACCUUAAUGUAUAUAGCAAUUGUAAAGAGACAUUGUUUAUAAAGGAAGAUGGAAUUCUGUGAUUUCAUUUUAUUUUGAUUGGAAAAUAAACAUAACU